AUGCCAACCACCCUGUCAUCCCUGCCUAAUGAGCUCCUCCUGCAAAUAUGCAAACGUCUCGCGAGCGACACCGAUCUAUCUAAUUUCCGCUUGGUCUGCCGGCGUUUUGGCGAAGUUAGCCUCCCUGCCUUGGGCACAAGAGUGACUUUUGCACUGCUGCCCGAGAGCAUCAACCGGCUGCGCGACAUAUCCUCAGAUCCCGUUUUCAGCGGCCAUACGACUACAAUUGUUUGCUUGAUGAGCGUCUUUUAUCCUUAUACGACUGUUAAGUCUUUGAAGCUUUCUAUGACAAAGCCGUUUACCUCUGGGAAUCAUGGGAAUCAUGCGGCGCACGAUGUCGGCCUUUCAGAAGAUGACUGGGAAGACAGCAUGAUGCAUUACGGUCAACUUCUAGCGGCCCAAAAUGAAGCUUUCGAGACCUUGGAGAUGUCACAAGACAUCCAGAUUGCUUGCCGGCGCUUCACCAACCUGCAGAAUUUGCAUUUCCGAGAAGACCACUUCCGCCCAGAUCAUUUCCGCAACAACCAGGCUUACCAAUUUCUUAGUCAAAGGCACGGUGAUUUGAGACACUGCGCUACCUUGCCGGCUUUCAAUUUUAGCGUCUUUCCGCACAGAAUCGCCCUUCCUGGUGUUUACUUAUUAUCAUCGUUAUUAGGCGCCAUCCCUGAGUCUCAACUGAGGACUUUACAGGUCGAUGCUCUCGCUCUCCAAGUUUUCAAGGAGGAAGAUGAGGUCUACUCUCGCAUGAAGAAAGGCAUUCAGAGUCUUCAUACGCUAAAGCUAUGCGUCUGGGCCACAAAUGAAGAUGAUGAGAAGGAGAGGGCCGACCAACUUCUGUCCACGAACCGACUUAAGAAUUUUCUAUGCUCAGCCCCCCAUCUCGAAGUCUUGGAAGUCGAUAUCAAUGGCGCUUUUUUUUGGACCGCGAUUUAUUACGCUAAUUCAGCUUAUAUUCUGCCGAGAGACCACACAUGGCAUCGCCUACGAAGGCUCUGUCUCUCGCAGGUUGAACUCUUGACAUCUCAUUUCUUGGAAUUUCUCAGCUUUCAUGGACACACCCUUGAAUAUGUUGGACUAGGAGAUUGCGCAAUCGUCGGGCCCCCUUCGCAAGGUCUACAGCGAUGCUUUUGGUCAGAAAUUAUCAUCCCUUUGGCCAACACCUACUCCCUUGCAAACCUUUCGCUUUCCGGCUGGUUCAUGGUGCCGCCUUUCCCCAUGCAGGAUCCGGACCAAGAAAUUAGGGUCCUCCCUGCCAUGAACAUGGACCAUGACAGAGUCAAGGAUGUCAAUCUCCUUGUGGGAAAAGCAAUAGAGAUGGUUGCGUGCUCGAAGGAAUUCCUGUCUCUAUUGCAAGCUGGAGUGGGGAGACAGAACGGCCUGACUUUGGACACCCACCGGAGUGUCAUCCAAGGUCUAGUUGUCGAGAUCAAGGAAGGCAUUAUCCGAGACUUGAUGGACCGCGAGCCAGUCAAACCCGCGAGAGUAGAAACCGUGAUUGUUCCAACAAGAUAUUCGGAUUACCUCAAGUUGUUUACACAGGACGAUGAGUGGGGUUCGCUAUAG